GGUCGGCACGUUUGCUUGCUGCUGGGGCGUCAACGUUACAACGACACACACUGCCAUCCCAACCAUACUGUGCUUCUAUAUCUAGCGAGCAUAGUAGUGGUGAAAAUAAUCUGGCAAGGGUCGAAGCUGCCAACGUGCUGCUGGUCCUUGGAGUUGGUACACUGGACCGCUCUCUCUCUCGAGGAACAGCGCAACACGCAUCGGCGAAGCGUUAGCGGCUCUCCAGCAGCAGCGGCAGUGACAGGCGUUCCGGGACCAUCUAGCGUAAAGCUACUCCAGCUUUGCUGCGUGGGGUAGGGCUGAGGUAACCAACUUCUCCUGAUCCCCGCCGGCUCUAAGCUCCUCCCUGUCAGCAUUAGGGGACCGAAGAGCAACGACGAUGGAUUCGGCGAAAAGAGCAAGCGCUCCUCGAACACAUAUCCUGGAUCGCCAGAUCGUGGCAGCAGGAAAGGGCGGAAAGCCGGCGGAGGUGAGCCUGAGCGCCUUCAGCUUCCUCUUUUCGGAGAUGGUUCAGUACUUCCAAGAUAGAGUCACGAGCAUCGCCGACCUGGAGCGCAAGCUUGAGGAGGCAGGGUACGGCAUGGGCCUCCGCGUGCUGGAGCUACAGACUUUCCGCGAGAGACUGCAGAAGCGAAGAGUCCGCCUCCUGCCGAUGCUGCAAUGGGUUUCCUCCAAUGUUUGGAAGGCAUUAUUCGGCAAGACGGCCGAUUCCCUGGAGAGGAGUACGGAAAACGAGGACGAGUACAUGAUUCACGAAAGAGAGCCCAUGACCAACAGUUUCGUGAGCGUGCCGGCCGACCUGGGGCAGUUGAAUUGCGCCGCUCUCGUGGCGGGUGUGAUCGCCGGAGUCUUGGACGGAGCCUCGUUCCCGGCGCGGGUCUCCGCACACAACGUGGAGAUGGAGAAGGGGCAGCGAGAAAAGACGGUGUUUUUGAUCAAGUUUGAUCCUGAGGUUUUGGCUAGGGAAGCCAGGUUAGGAUAAGAUAAACCAAAAGAUGGCCCACGGGAUCGCAUGGAUGAGCGUGGCGGGCGAGGCUUCGUGGUGAAGAUGAAGCUGAGUUGUUAUGAUUGUGUUUGGGAGUAUCGAGGGUCCCCUCGACAGUUUUUGUAUUUCCCAGUAGAGGUCCAGCCCACUUUCCCACGGGUGAAUUCGUUUACCCAAGGCCAAGCUCGAAUGCCGCUUGAGUCGAUAAUUUCAAUUUUCCCGGGUGGUGCACAUUUUCAGCGCACAACGCGACGAAUCGAUACUUGCUGUAGUCGCAUGAAAGUGAAAACGGUGGGUUUUUGUAGGCGGCAUGUGUAGUGCGAUUGGCAUGUAGUAAGUGGGGGGGUCGAUUUUCCACUAUUCAUGCCAUGUUUUUCUCAUGCAUUGUUUGUUUGAGAAGGCACAUGCACAGGCGGCGCGUAUUGAAACAGCGACACUACACUCGGGCAAAUCGAAAAAAACGAUUGGGGGCACGCACACGCAGUUGUUAAGAAACGAGGACGUCGUCGAUGUAUUUGGAGUACGUCCGCAGGGGGGAUCAGUUCUAUCCAGCUGCUUCCGCGGGAUGCCACAGGGCACUGUCACGUAUACUUUGACAGAUGGGAGGGACGUAAACAAAUGGUUCCGACCUUCGUUACACACAAAGUAGCGAGAGGAACCUAUAUCGACGCACGCGCGCAUGUAGAUGCUAAUUUCCAUGGAUUGGAUACCGAUGGGGGUAAUUGUUGCGAGUGGUUUGGACGACCUGCCGAAGUCUCCGGGGAUGUAGAUUAGGCACCGCCAAACCGUUGGAGUGUAGAGCGGAAUAUAAGUCCACGCUAGGGGGUAAGGGCUUGAUCGCGAGACUAACGUUUUUGCCCAACAGCGCACUCACCACCGCUUGCUGAACGAGUACAGUAACCGCUUGACC